AUGAUUAGAUCGACACAGAUAGCCAGGUUGGGCGAUGGCUUGAUGCUAUGCGCAUCUGUCGACGACGAACAAACAGAGUCCUCCCUCGCCGAAGUAAAGUCACAAAUCAAACUCGUACUACGAAGACUAAACCGCAAUGCCGAACAACAAGCCAGCAUCGAGAGCGGGAACUACACGAUACACUACACGAUCGCAAACGACAUAGUCUACAUCUGCAUCUGCGAGCGCUCGUACCCCCGCAAGCUAGCGUUCACGUACCUGUCGGACCUCUCGGCCGAGUUCGCGCAGUCGCAUCCCCCGCAGCAGCUGCACUCGCCGACGCUGCGGCCGUACGCCUUCAUGGAGUUCGACACCUUUAUUACGCGCACCAAGGCCCUGUACGCCGACGCCCGCGCCACCCAGAACCUCGACCGCCUCAACGACGAGCUGCGCGACGUCACCAAGGUCAUGACAAAAAACAUCGAGGACCUCCUCUACCGCGGCGACAGCCUCGAGCGCAUGGGCGAGAUGAGCUCCCGCCUCCGCGACGACAGCCGCAAGUAUCGCAAGGCUGCCGUCAAGAUCAACUGGGACCUGCUCAUCAAGCAGUACGCCCCCAUCGGCGUCUUUGUCCUGAUCGUCUUGCUAUUUAUCUGGUUCCGGUUCUUUUGA